AUGAAUGAUGAGACAAAGACACUGAGAAGGAUUCUUUGUUGUGCAGGGAAGGAGUAUGUGCUGACCCAUUAUAGCUGGGAGGGAGAUGCCCUGGUCAGGGCUGGACUCCCCUCUUAUGUCAUUCAGGAAGAAUUCCACCGCUAUGAUGGGUAUUGGUGGAGACCGACAAUGACCAAUGAUGGAGUUUGCCAUAUCUUGUAUGAGGAGGUUGAUGAGACUGGGGUGGAGACGUACAAGAUUGGUUCAGGGAUGAGCCCUGAGGAGACAACUGAGGAACAAAGGUUCCCAAGGGCAGGCAGUCGGAAUGCACGUUUUGCUCUCAAGGUCCUCCGCUUCCACCUCCCAUUUGGGAAUGGCAAGGCUGAAGAGGAUGAGGAGAGGGAGGAUGAUGUGAAUGUGGAUGUAGAUGUUCUGACUGGAUCGUUGGAGCUCCUCUUUCCAUGGGCUGAAUAUCUUAUUGAUGCCAACUGGACCCCUGAUGGAUCCUCAAUCUGGGUGAAGUUGCUGGAUCGGAAGCAGAGGCAGCUAGAAGGUGCCUUAUUGCCACUGGAGACAUUUUCCCUGCCAUCAAUAGUGGAUGAGGAGGAGACUGAAACUGAGAGCAGUCUACCUGAUCCACUGGUCUUCCUCCAUUUGGAAUCACCUACAUCCUACCUCAAUAGCAGGCUGGUCUGUCCCAAGGUUGAUGGUGUAGUUCGCUUUAUUGAGUCCUGGCCUCGUGACAUCAUCUACUCCACUGAGCAGUCUGGAUACCAGCACCUUUAUUUCGCCUCUUGUGGACAGGAAAAUUCAGUGAGAACACGUCAGUUGACAAAGGGCCCCUGGGUGGUGAUGGCAGAGGAAAUCUGGGUUGAUGAAGAGAAGAAUCUUAUUUAUUUCCUGGCCAAUAAGGACACUCCAUUGGAGAAGCACCUUUAUGUUGCCUCUUACCUCCAGGAAUCAGAACCUGUGUGCCUCACCCAGCAGGGACUUUCUCAUCAUGUCUUCCUUGACAAGGGUUGCAGGAUCCUGGUGUCAUCUUGCAGUCGCUUGGAUAUGCCACCUUUGACACAGGUGUUUAGGAUUCUUUCUUCCAAGGACAUACAUGGAAUCACCAUUGAACCUGUGGGACAGCUCCUGCCUUCACCUGACUCCAAUGCAUGGGUGGGUUACACACCACCUGAAGUCCAUGCUUGCCAGAUCUCCUCAGGGGAGACCCUCUACGCUUUGUUCUUCCCUCCACGCAACUUGGUACCUGGCCAGAAAUAUCCUGUGAUCCUCAAUGUCUAUGGAGGACCAAAAGUCCAGAUUGUCACCAACUCCUUCAAGGGGCGUCGAGAGCUGAGGAAUCACGUCCUGGCUUCAAUGGGUUAUUGUGUCGUCUGCAUUGAUGGCAGGGGUUCAGCCAACCGGGGCUUUUUGUUCGAGUCUCACAUCUUUGGACGUCUUGGUCUUGUGGAGUUGGAUGACCAGGUGGAAGUGCUGAGCUGGCUUGCUGAUCAAAAUCCAUACAUGGACAUGAAUCGUGUUGCCAUUCAUGGUUGGUCUUAUGGAGGCUAUAUCAGUCUCAUGGCCCUUGUGUCCUACCCCCAUGUGUUCAAGGUUUCAGUGGCCGCAGCACCAGUGACAUCCUGGAGACUGUAUGACACAGGCUAUACAGAGAGAUAUAUAGAUCUUCCACAAGCCAAUCCUGAUGGUUAUGACAAUGGUUCUGUCCUCUCACAUGUUCAUAAGUUCCCUGAAGAGUGA